UUAUAGCUUAGAAAAUCUUCUCUGUUUCUGGUCUCCCUCCCUCCCUCCCUCUCUCUCUCUCUGUCUAAAUCUCUGCCAAUUAGGAAGAAUGGCAGAUGCUGCGAGAGAGAUGGAAGAUUUCAAGGCAGCAAACAGGACGUUCGGUGGUGAAUGGAGGCUUGGGAUGAAAGAUAAUAAUAGUUCAUCAAAUCAACCAUCAUCUCAUCGCAGCACCCCGGAUCCUCCUCCUCAACCUAUCCGUUUACCAACACCACCGAUGCACAAUAAGUCCAGCAACAAUUACACGAAUUACAACUACAGUUCUCGUCCGACACGGGGCGUUGGCAACCCUGAAUUGAAGAGGCAACGCCGUGUGGUGAAGUACAAGUCCUAUGCUGUUGAAGCCAAGCUGAAAUCUUCGUUAAGGCACGGGUUUCGUUGGAUGAAGAACAAGUACUGCGAAUUUGUUCGUGGCUACUAGAUUGCAAUGAUGAUCAAGAUGAAGCAGAGAGGGGGUUGUUUUUUUGAAUCUUGUUUUUCCUUGCUCCUGGAGAUAAUGUAAAAUACGACAAGUAAUUCAAGGAAGAAUAUGUUGAAUUUUUUUGCUGUACAUAACAAUUCACAGGACCAAUGCUCUUUUCUUUGUCGUUCCUGGUUAUAAUCUCGGGCAAUAACAACGUUUGUAUGCAAGUUUUAAGCUGACAUUGUCUUCUAUGGGCUGACAUUUCCAGGCAGGUUGAAAAGAAAACAAGACAGGAUGAGCUUGGUUGGUUACUUUCAGACAGUGUUCAUCAUCUUAUUCCAGGCAAAAAUGGCAAACCUGAUUUAGAACCUUACCUUGACAGCAUUAUAUUUCUCAUUAAAUUUGGGCUCUCCUAUCUGCAACUAUC